AUGUUCCACACCUGGACACAGAUUUCUCCUCCAGGUGCUGCCAGAGGACCAAGUUUCCACGACCGCGAGCAGUUUGGAGGAAACACUUCAAGACUCCUGCCCACCUCGCGGGGACCCAGAUCUGGAUCUCCUUCAGAUCGACAUGCUGCCCACCGCAGGGCUCCUUUCGGGGAAGACUUCAUCCCCUAUAAGUUCUGCCUCUCGGAUCCGUCUGGCCGUCUGGUGACUGGAUUAGCGCCGCAUUCCCAGCCGCAGCAGCGCUGCUGUGCAGCUGCAUCCUUUAGGCAGAGGGCAGCUAGACACCCUAGCUGCCCACUCACAGCGCUCUCAAAAGUACAGCAAAUCUUUGAGGCACCGCCCAUAACGAUUGAUCGAUUAAUGAAGCAAGUUUCAUGCACGAAAACGAAGUUACAUGAUGGGUGGGCAACCGUGGGCAACAGAACCAGCCUCCACCUCCACCACUUUCAUCCCACCAUUCUCUUUGCAUUCCUGUUCGCGGCCACUGCUGUAUCACUGAGCACAGCGCCGGUUGAUCAACCAUUCCGUUACAACCCCCGGGCUAAACAGCAUUACAUCCACCAAUCACACAGAACGCAACCCACAACACAACACACCAACCUCAUCUUACAUCGCUUCAACACUGCUUCAGGUACGAACGGACGGCAUAACUUGAGCCAGCCCGCAACUAAGGAAUACAAAGCUUAA